GCUAACCGACUCUGAAAGUUUUGGUGAGUUGCAAGGCCUGUGGCACUGGCACCACGUCAGCAGUCUUUUUUACCAUUCCCAUUCUCUUUGUGGGAAAUCAGUUCUCUGUUUUGCAGCUCGUGAUUCUGAGACGCGAGGGCAACAAGAGAGUGCUGGUAGGACUUUACAGUGCACACAGUAUGUCCUUCUCAUAGGAUAUAGUCAACAAUUUGAAGAAAAACCUGGCUAGGAAAGAGAGAGCGAGGGAGAGCUAGAGAGAGAGAGAGAGAGAGGGAAGGAAGGAAGGAAGGAGUAGGUUUGAAAAGUUGUGUGUAGGAGGGAUGCAGUUUUAAUAAUUGACAUCAUGCAUGGAGAGACUUUAGGGAAUCUUCACAUCCUUGGCAUGGGAUUAAAGGCUUUGCGACAACGUCUGAAUAUUGUGAUACUGUUUUCUCUGCUGCUUUUCUGGUCCACUGCGUCAGGUGCACAGAACAGCAAUGUCAAACUUCCAAAAGGAUCGGUGGAUCUUUUACAAGCAGUGCAGAUAAUUCAGCAGACACAUGCAGAAGAUUAUGACGACGUGGGGGUAUACAAUGUCACAGGCAUCUGUGAUAGGAGGCCCAUUCACAAGGGAAAUAAAACAAAAUACAUCGAUGAUUUGGCAUGGCAAAUCACUCCCGAUGCUGAUUUAAAUACAAGAUUAGAAGAUAUUUUCCCUCGUGGAUUUCCAAAGGAUUUUUCAAUAAUACUAACAUUUCGCCCUGACGAGGGCACUCAGGGUAACGUUUUUACUAUCAUCAAAGAAUCAACGGGAGAUGAGCUUAUGUCUCUGAAGAUCUCCGAUGAGACAGUGUUUUUCUACAGUGAUUUAAAAAAGAGACCAGGACUGAAAAAAUCUCCUGUUUUAGAUGUACAGCUUAAUGACGGAUUUUGGCAUCGUAUAGCUAUUAGUGUGAAGGGUGACUCACUGACUCUGAUUAACGAAUGUCAACAACAAGGGACAUACACACUUGCCAGAUCUUUACCUCCAAAAUUUAGCAACAAUGGCAUGAUCUUUCUUGGACAUCAACCAUUUGACGAUUCAUAUUUUACUGGUGACAUUCAAGAUUUCUUAAUAAUUCCCAAUCCAGAUGCUGCGUAUGAACACUGUGAAUAUUACAGCCCACCUUGCAGUGAGCCAUUUAUUGGUGGAGACUGGUACGGACGUGUAAAGAAAAAAACUAAAUCUGGAAAGAAGUCUGGCACUGGCUCUGGUGCAUCAUCAUCAUCUUUUAUAACUGGUGGUUCCAGUUCUUAUCAUUCAUAUGGCAGAGCAGACUUUACUGAGGAUGUAGCUUAUAAAUUUGGACCACCGGGACCACCAGGUCAGCGAGGACCACCCGGACCCCCCGGAGUCACAGGUGAAACAGGAGAGUCUGGUCGAGAUGGACUGGAUGGUACAUCUGGAGCUCCAGGACCUGCCGGACAUAUUUUCCUUAUUCCUUUAAACCAGGCUGGAACAAAAGCGGGAGAGAACCAAGCUCAGCAGUUCAGAACAAUGUUAGCUCAGCACAUGCUUGCCAUGCGAGGAGCACAAGGUCCUCAGGGUAUGUCUGGUUUGACUGGAAGAACAGGACUAAUGGGUCCUGAUGGAGAUAAGGGAGAUAUUGGAAAUCCAGGUGAACAGGGUCCACUUGGUCCAAUGGGAAUGCCAGGACCCCCAGGACCAAUAGGCAAAAGGGGCAAGCCAGGUCAUGAUGGACAACGUGGCAUGAUGGGUCAGCCUGGAGAGAAAGGUAUCCCAGGGUUCCCUGGAAUUCCAGGAAUUCCUGGACCAAAGGGUCACAGGGGGUUGACCGGUAGUCCAGGUCAGAUGGGACCCAUGGGGUCAGAAGGAGAUCAGGGAGAUCCAGGAGAGCCUGGUCCACCAGGACCCCAAGGUGAACCGGGUAUCCGUGGAUUCAUGGGACCAAGAGGACGAGCGGGAUCUGUGGGACCACCGGGUUUGCCAGGAAACGAAGGUGGAGAUGGUCCAAAAGGAAAUUCUGGACCGCUUGGACCACCUGGUGCCCCAGGGAAUCCUGGUCCCCCUGGCGCAUCUGGGCCACCUGGUCCAGUUGGUUCUAUUGGUCCUGCUGGAAUCCCUGGAUCUGUUGGAAAACCGGGCCUGCCUGGAGCAUCUGGAUCUUUAGGAGCACCGGGCCAGCCAGGAUCAGCGGGAGCAUCAGGGCAAAAAGGAGAUGCUGGUCCUAUGGGACUUCAAGGAAUUAUUGGAUACCCAGGAACACGUGGAGUGAAGGGUGAUAGUGGACCAAGAGGACCGUUCGGUGAUAAGGGAGACAAGGGUGCACCUGGUCUUGAUGGGGCCACAGGAUCCUUUGGGACCAAAGGCGACAAGGGCAUAAAGGGAACACCAGGCCCCACGGGAAUUGAAGGUGUGGAGGGGCCUAAGGGAGACUAUGGCCCACCUGGUGAAAAUGGAAUUCCAGGACCACCGGGAGAAAAGGGUAGAAUUGGUAUCCCAGGAUUCCCAGGAUAUCCUGGUCCUAUUGGAGAGAAGGGAAGUCGAGGUCGGAAUGGAAGACGCGGUAGACGAGGCUCCAGAGGAAAGCCGGGAUUGCCUGGCCAAAUAGGAGAGAGAGGAGAACCAGGAAUGAGGGGACAGCGAGGAGAGAGGGGCAAACAGGGCAUCCCUGGUCCAUUUGGACCUAAGGGUGAGCCUGGUCAAUCAGGACCCCCCGGUUUUCAGGGCGAACAGGGUAUUCAAGGUUUGCCUGGACCCCCAGGACUGAUGGGACCACCAGGAGGACCUGGUUUGCCAGGAAAGGAUGGUUUCCCUGGACUGAACGGUGAUCGUGGUGAGUCGGGUCUCCCAGGACCUCCAGGUCAACCAGGACCGAUCGGAGUUAUGGGACCUGCUGGAAUUAAUGGUGAGCCAGGACAACCAGGAGACAGGGGAGUACCCGGAAACCCAGGACCACCUGGUGAUACCGGUCUACCAGGACCACGAGGAAAACCAGGAGAUUCGGGACCAGCUGGUCUGUCCGGUAAUCCAGGUCCCCCUGGACCGCCAGGACAUGGAGGAUUUCCAGGAGAAAGAGGCUUUCCAGGACCACGGGGUACUCCUGGUGAAAGAGGAGUCGGUGGAGGCAAAGGAGAAAUAGGACCACCAGGAGAGAAGGGAUCUCAAGGUGAACAGGGAGUUGCUGGACCAACUGGCACACAAGGUAUUCCUGGUCUUCCUGGAGCACGAGGAAAGAGAGGAGAGAAGGGAGAUAUGGGAGUUGAAGGAGUCCCUGGAACCCCAGGCUCACCAGGACCUAGAGGAGGACCAGGUUACAGAGGUCCAGCAGGCCCAGUUGGACCGCCAGGAUUUGAAGGAGAUAAGGGUAACCCAGGACCUCCAGGUCUGAGAGGAUUCAAAGGAGACCAUGGCGUUAUGGGCCCACCAGGACCUCAAGGACCAGUAGGCAUACAGGGACCUCCAGGUACUGUGGGUCCCCCAGGAGAUAUGGGAUUGAGAGGACCACGUGGUAUUCCAGGAAUGAAGGGAUCUGAAGGACCGCGUGGUCAGCUUGGUCCCACUGGACUCCCAGGCAUGCAGGGAAUGCCAGGUCCGCCCGGAUCUAAGGGAGAAAAGGGUGACAAUGGGGUUAAGGGACCACCAGGACCCCCAGGACCUAUGGGUAAUCCAGGACCUUCAGGUGCAGCUGGAACUAGUGGACUGCCUGGUGUUCCUGGACCGGAGGGACGAAUGGGCCCCAAGGGAGACAAAGGGGACCCUGGACCUCCUGGACCCCCAGGGGUUGAUGGUGGACCAGGUCUGAAUGGAAUGAAUGGUGCUAAGGGAGAUGAAGGACGCCGAGGACUCCAAGGUGAAGCAGGUCCUCGAGGACCCAGAGGACCGGAGGGAGAGAAGGGAGACAUGGGCAUGCCAGGAUUAACUGGACCUCAGGGAGAUCCAGGAGAGCCCGGUCCAAAGGGAGAGCCUGGUAUUCCCGGCACUGAUGGAUCGCCCGGAGGCCCUGGAGCUUUGGGAGAACCAGGACAACAGGGUGAACCAGGUUUACCUGGAAUAACUGGAAGACAGGGAGAAAUGGGAAUACCCGGGGUCCAGGGACCAGUUGGGCCACCAGGAGACAAAGGAGAUCGUGGGCAACAAGGGACUCCUGGCCCACGAGGCAUGCCAGGAACACAGGGCACGGUGGGACCUCCAGGCCCCCCAGGACCUGCUGGACAGCCUGGCCCUGUGGGAGAACCGGGCCCUCCAGGUGGUCCAGGGUUGAGUGGUGACCAGGGACAGAUUGGACCAGCAGGUCCCUCAGGACCAAAAGGAGAGAAAGGACCCAAAGGAAUUAAGGGUCACCGUGGAUCUAUGGGAUUGAUGGGUCUGAAUGGUGAGCCAGGAGAAAAGGGAGAACGUGGCGAACCAGGUCCUGAGGGACCCAAGGGAGAUAAGGGUGACAUGGGACGACCUGGACCCAUGGGACCUCCUGGUUUUGAAGGAUCUCCAGGAGUACCUGGAGCAAUUGGUCCAGCCGGUCCUAAGGGAGAGUCUGGUGAAACUGGGCCGAAAGGAGAUGCUGGUCUUCAGGGUCCUCCGGGAGAACCAGGUCCACCAGGCGACUCCGCAGCCGCUGCUGUCCCCGCAGACCUCAACGUAAAGGCCGGGACGAAGAGGAAGAGGAAGCGACGGCGAAGGAAGCGAUCCCUGGACGAGUACAACGUGCACGACGAUGUUCAGAGCCACCUGACCAACAUGAUGGCGAAGAACAAGCCAAACGGCGGCGAGAUCAAGAUGAAGCAGGUGAUGCGCGAAGUGGUCGACAUCCUCUUCAAGCACAUAGACGGGCUGCAGGACGAGGUGAACAGCAUCAAGUAUCCACGGGGAACCCACGAAAACCCGGCGACAUCCUGUAGAGACAUUGCAUACGGCCACUCCAACUACAAGAAUGGCUGGUACUGGAUCGACCCCAACAUGGGAUCAGUUCAUGAUGCCCUUCAAGUCUGGUGUAACCUCACAGCCAUGGGGGAGACCUGCAUCUUCCCAACAUCUCGCACAAAAAUGAGCCCAGAGCAGUACUGGAAGCGUAACAAAGACAAUCCUCACCAAUGGUUCCAUAACCUCAAGAAGGGAUUCAUGGUCCAGUAUGGUGGCUCCCAGACAGCUAUCCAGAUGAGUCUGCUGCGGAUGUUGAGCACCGUCGUCACUCAGAGGUUCACCUACUAUUGCUCAGGUUCGGUGGCCUGGUAUGACCAGGUCGCAGGGGAUCACAAGAACGGAAUCAUGUUGCUAGGAGACGAUGGUACCAAAUUCAACACGGAAAACUUAGAUAGCACACAUGUUCUACAUGAUGGAUGCAGGGAUCGCCGACAAAAUGGAUUUACCGUGUUUGAAGUAAGAUCUAACAAGUUGACUAGCUUGCCGAUAGUUAGUUUCAUGCCGGGAGAUUACGGCAACCCGUGGCAGAAGUUUGGCUUCGAGGCAGGCCCUGUGUGUUUCCAUUAAUUACUAAACACUUAACAAAUUGGACCGUUAAUCCUGCGAGGAGAUUGUGAUACAGGUUUUGAUCAUUCUCAGUCCGUACAUGUCGUAAGCUGUGUACACGUUUUUUUACGACUGCAACCGCAACAGAGCACAAACACUUGGAAUAAGCUAGCAUCUUCAGUGCCAUAGUCAUAGUUAAUAUCAACUUUGUACCUUCUUUUUUUUUUGCUUCUUUUUUAUUGGUUUGUGGUAAUUAUUUAAAACAUUUAUGGAUCCCACUCAUCAUAAACUUGAUGUAAUUCACGUUGGAAUUAUAGAAAUGUGGAAAAGUAUUUUUGUUUGGAAUGACAGGUCUGUUAGUAUGGAUUUAUGCUGAAGAUACCUUCCAGUGAUUUUGUAUAAUUCAUACUUUAAAAAAACCCCAACAAGAUAUCAAGGUAUUCAGAAGAAGAAAAAAAAAGAAAGAAAAAAAAAAAAAAAAAAAAGAGUAAUACUUUGAAUUAGAACCAAAAAAAAAUGGAACUAUGACUAUACAUAAUUUGACAUUAAUAAAUAACUGUACACAUAAUGAAAAAUAUUAUGCACUGUUGCUCUAUGUACAGAUUAAUGGAUUAUGUCAGUGGAAACAUUAUGCAUAGUGGAAACCGUAUGUGCCAACUGUUUGUAUGUACAAUUAAAAUGUGUCACUUUAGUCUAUAUGAAAUUAGUAAAAUGCUUUCUUUUCUUUGCUAACAAUUUAUUAUUGUGUAUUACUUGCAAUGUUUCACUCAUUAGUGCUCAACAUGCAUACAUUUUGGUUGCAGCUGGAACGUUUGCAGUUCUUUCAAGGAGUUUAAGGUACCAUUCCUUCAUAAGGAACAUAAUAACGGGAACGGGAAACUCUAUUAACGUGCCCCUAUCCACAAGGGUUCAGGCACGCCCACCUCGGAUUUAGCCUCUGACAUCGCCAGUGACCAAUUCCGGGGCGGGAGAGGCCAGUAACUGAAUUUCUAGAAAUGAACACUAGUCUUAUAUGUACAGAUUCUACCAAUGAAAACUGGUUUUAUGUAAUCUCUUUAUAGUUUCUACCAAUGAAAACCGAUUUCACGUGUGGUUUUGUAAUUUCCACCAACAAAGACCUGUAACCUUGCUAGAACUACAUUCUGUCCAGUUGCAUGUCUUAUUUUCAUGGUGCUAGCUUCUCGAGGUAUAAGGCCAACACAACUGUGAUGUCAGGGCAACAUUAACCGUCCAUUUCAAUCACUGCCAUAUGUAGAAUUUUUUGUUUUAAUAAACAAAUUUUUUCAAACAUA